GGAUCAGCUGACAGCACUCAGCUUCUCGUUUUGAUGCUCUUCCUCCUCCGUCGGCUGAUAGCGCUUCUUUAAACACUAUUAUUUGGCUAUCUUUGCCUUACUGGCGUCAGAUUUUAAAUUUGAGCCAAGCAUAUCUUGCUGAUCCAGCAGGUUAGGCCGCCGGAUAGAUGUUGUUGGAGUGGAUGAUGAACGGACACGCCAUUCUUUACACAGGGGUCACUUUGGCCUUCUGGAGCACCAUACUAAUCGUCGGAAUCUGCUAUACCAUAUUUGAUCUUGGAUUCCGCUUUGAUGUGGCAUGGUUCCUGACAGAGACUUCUCCUUUCAUGUGGGCCAAUCUGGGGAUUGGCUUGGCCAUCUCUCUGUCCGUGGUGGGAGCUGCCUGGGGAAUCUACAUCACUGGCUCAAGCAUCAUUGGUGGUGGUGUCAAGGCUCCACGAAUCAAGACCAAGAAUUUGGUCAGCAUCAUCUUUUGUGAAGCUGUUGCGAUCUAUGGGAUCAUCAUGGCCAUUGUAAUAAGCAACAUGGCUGAGAGCUUCAGUGGAACAACCCCGGAGACCAUCGGAGCAAGGAACUACCAAGCUGGUUACUCCAUGUUUGGAGCCGGUCUGACUGUGGGCUUUUCCAACCUCUUCUGUGGCAUCUGUGUUGGCAUCGUGGGCAGCGGAGCAGCUUUGGCAGACGCCCAGAACGCCAGCCUCUUCGUGAAGAUUCUCAUUGUGGAAAUCUUUGGCAGCGCAAUUGGCCUGUUUGGUGUUAUUGUAGCCAUUCUGCAGACGUCGAAAGUAAAGAUGGGUGACUAGAAGAUGCGUUCACUCUGGGAAGAUAAAAAGAUAUUGCUGGAAAAUAAGAUGGAUUAUUGUGUAAAUACAUCGUAAAUUAUUUAAAUGUCUCUAUUUGCCUGGUAUUGUUUUUAACCAUCAUUCAUGCAAGAGUUGUUGGUCUGUCCUUUUGUCUCAUAAGAACCAUGAAGGUUGAGUAAGAAAUCGCCAUGUGACACAUGAUGCAGCUGUUAUCGCUUGAAUCGAAUUGUUUACCGGUUGGCAAUUCAUGGCAAUGUUUUUUUUUUUUUUCUGACCACUCUUGGAUGAAUGAUGAGUUAAAAAUUACGCUAGAGUGUUUGAAAAUAUUUGUGUGUGCGUGCGUGUGUGUGUGUGUAUACUCUGAAUACGUGAUCUUUUUUCUUUCUUUCUUUUUUCCUGUGAAGCAUGAGGGUGUUUACCAUUGUGUUUGUAGCCUGGUCUGUCAGUUUUUGUUUUCGCGUCUGUUCUUUGCUGAUAAGCAAGUGGUCCUUAAUCCACACAGUGGCCCAAAUACGGUGUUUGUCAAGCCUCCCGCAGUAGAAGUCACAGAGAAUCUAUGUAGUUUUGAAAUGGAGUACAGAGCUGCAAUCAUUAGUAAUGUAACAGGACAGUUGGACAUACUUUUGGGACGCCAAACAGUCAGACACACAACACAGCAUCAUUUGAUUAGUUCCUGAAAAUCUUAUGGCACUAGGAUUUUUAUAUUUGAAACCCAUGAUCCUCAAGAACAUAACUGUCAGCCAGAACUCCCAGCUUUUCCCCAGAGUCUCCUCUGAUUUUUGAGUUUAGUUUAAACCACAUUAUGAACCUUUUCAGUAGUUUUUACAAGGAUAAAUUGGAUAUAGGAAGAGAGGGAAGCUAAGUGAUUCUGGGUAACAGAAAUACUACCAGAAAAAGAUUUUGUCCAAAGUGUUACGCACAGAGACCUUUAACAAUCUUGCAAGGAAACAACAGUGACCUUAGCUCGAAGCUGGUUUUAGGAAACUCAAUGUGUCAGCUUACAUAUGAAUGAAGUCAAAACUGCAAUACAUUGUUCAGCCUUAUAUGUGGUUGGACAGGAAAGGGGGUUUAUUUUAAAGGGCAUCACCCUAGUAUUACCUUGCACUGGAUAGUAACUGAUAUUAUUUCCUGUAACAUCACCAUUGUUGAACUGUGCAGAUGCAGUGGUCAACUGUCUUGUAUUUUAAGCAGUCUCAGGUGGUCUGGUGCCAAAAACUGUGGACUCCAUUACAUAAUCAACUUCAUGGAUACAGAUUUUAAAUAUCCGUAUUUUGCAUAAAAAAAUAAUUCUACAAAUCUUCAUAUGACUUUUUUUUAUUCGAAUGUCUUGUUUUGAAUGUUAACAUGUUAACAGAUGUUUGACAAUAUUGUAUCAAAUGUUAACUGUUCAUGUCUGUGUUCCCAAAUUAUUUUCUAACAUUCCUGAAGAGUCAUGUAUGUAAGGUAGCAGCAGACAAUAGUAGACUCCUGCUACAUCACAACAAAGCCACCAUGAAAGCUUUAUAAUCUUAGUUUGUACAGAUUUUCUCAUCAGCCAGUUGCUAUACAGUGAGCUGUAUCCCAUUUAAGUUAGAAAUCUGGGUAAACUGAUUAUUUUUAUUUUCUUUUUUAACUUGAGUUUUCUGAACCUUUGGCUGCCAGGGCACAGAGUGCAAAAUGCUGCGAUACUAUAGAGUGUAACGUUUGCUGGUGAUAUGUAUGGAAACACAUUUUGUUCUUGAUGCAUCAUUCCACAGAGAUGACAGACCACGGCUUACUGUAAAUUGUCUGAAUUUUUUUCCUUGUAAUUUUUCCUUGACCCUUCUUGUGAUGUUCUGAAAGAGAGUAUAAACAUUGAAUCUUAUAUGGGGAAACUGAAUAGUCUUAAGUAUAUGUAGACCUGGCCCUCCCAAAGGUGUCUUAGCUGCAAGAUCAUCUUUACCGUUAUGAUGGUUUUAUAAUUAAACCUAGAUUGAACUACAAGAUGCCUUUGGUAAACCAGGCUCUGUACCAAACCCCUGGCUUUCAGUGACUGUAGAUGGUACUGUGUGUGCUUUAUGUUGAUGUGAUGGUGAUCAGAAAAUAACUCAUUGUUUUUGACAUUGUGUAUAAUAAGAAAAACAGAUCUUCCUUCUGGCUUCAUAAAUGUCCUUGAGAAAAUAAAAUGGUCCAAUCAAUA